AUGACAAUCAAACCAUCUUCACCAACCCCAGAUGACCUUCACCAUUACCAGCUCUCAUAUCUUGAUCAAAUUGCUCCAAAUAUUUUGAUGCCCCUAGUUUUUUUCUAUGCAGCAGACAAUAACCUCACAAACACACAGAGAUCAAAUCAGCUCAAGAAAUCUUUAUCACAUGUGUUAACCAGAUUCUACCCUCUUAGCGGCCGUCUAGAGGCCAAUUCUCAUGUCAAUUGCAACGACGAGGGCAUUCCAUAUAUAGAAGCCAUAGCCAAAUGCAGUCUCUCAGAUUUCCUUCUUGAUCCAGUUCCUAAAGAACUCAACAAGUUCAUCCCUUGUAAGUUACAUGAUGUUAAAGAUUUCUUCUUACUAGUCCAAGCAAACUUUUUUGAGUGUGGAGGAAUGGCUAUUGGUAUAGCCAUUUCUCAUAAGUUAGCUGAUGCAAUGUCAACUUUCAUGUUUAUCAAUUGUUGGGGAGCUAUUGCAAGAGGGAAUACCAAUGUUCCUAGUCCAAGAUUUAAUUCUUCCAUACUAUUUCCACAAAGAGAUACAUCAGAGUUAAAAUCAAGCAUCACAAUCGGGAAGGAUACCAUUGUGACUAAAAGGUUUGUAUUCUCUGCCUCUAAAGUAUCAGCACUUAAAGAUAAGUAUACUGAAAAUACGAGACCUCCCUCGAGGAUUGAAGCUUUAUCAACUUUCUUAUGGACUCGUUUGAUGGCAAGUAUUCAUCGCAAAAGAGAUGAAAACAAGAAUUAUGGCAUAGUCCAUACACUGAACUUACGUACCAGAAGUAAUCCUCCGUUGCCUGAAUCUUUAUUCGGGAAUGUAAUGCAAGUAGUCGUUACAAUACCAUCUCUGGAUCAUAAUAUUAGUGAUGAGGAACAAGGUUUUGAGCUAGUGAAACAAGUGAGAGAAGGUAUACACAACGCAAAUAGUGAAUUUGUCUCAGGUCUCCAGAAGAUUAAUGAUGACAAGCACUUGAGUUUUAUCAAAGUGAAAGCAAAUGAGCAGAGGAAAGGUGGCCUAGUAUUGUUCAACUUUACUAGUUUGUGCAGAUUUCCUCUAUAUGAAGCUGAUUUUGGCUGGGGACAACCGAUAUGGGUAGGAUCAGCUAGCCUUGUUCUCAAGAAUGUUAUUGGUUUUCUAGACACAAAAUCAGGUAAUGGUAUAGAAGCCUGGGUAAAUCUCAAAGAAGAAGACAUGGCCAGAUUUGAAGCUGAUAAGGAAUUGCUUUCUUGGUGUAGUGACUGA